UUCAGAUAACUAAUUUCAAGCAUGGCUGUCUAGCGAGCCUGUCACUCCUAUUGUCCUUCCAAACUCUUUCAGACAUUUUGAGCAGGGAGUAUUAAAGCUAUGAGUUAGCAAGGGUUGUGACAUUAAUGGUCCAGAAAGGCUUUAGGCACAAGAGGUAAUGAUAAUUACUGAUGGCUAUUUGGAGGACUGCACUGGAUCGCUGUCAUUAAAAAUUAAGCGUGGCUUUUGAGGAAGAUGUGACAACUACCAGAGAGCUAAAUGAAUUGUCUUGUUGGACAGUCUGGGUCUGACCAAAAUUUCGGGUGAAUCACCAUGGCUGGUGGAAGCUCUCCAUAGUGCAGGUGCCACUUCAAAGGACAUUACCCUUUCCACGUCUUCAAGAAUGAUUGGUGAACACAGUUUCUGAAGGUGGAGAAGCUAAACCCUUCUGACCUCCAAACUGAGGCAUCCUUUGGAAAGCAGAGUGUUAUUGAAACAAAGUCAAAAGGAAGAAAAUGUCCUUAAAAAGAAGUCACAAAUUCAAAUGCUUACGGGGCAGGCAGAUGAAGGCAUCAAAUGGGGGAGAAAGGUAUUAUAUUCCUGUUACGGCAUUGUCAAGAGACUAUUCAGUAGCACGUGCUAUUCCUCCAAACGAUAUCAUUUAAGCGGUGGACAGAGAAACAGGAACCCAGCAAAGAAAUGGAAUGAACAGCUCAGGAGUGAGAAAGAGAACCAAGAGAGCAUUGUUCUGUCUUUUCACCAUUCUUCCAGGACUUCCACCAUAAGGAAAGGAGCCCCUGGACCAACAUCCUCUAAGAUGUUUAUAUGGACCAGUGGCCGAACCUCUUCAACUUACAGACAUGAUGAGAAAAGAAACAUUUACCAAAAAAUCAGGGACCAUGACCUCCUGGACAAAAGGAAAACUGUCACAGCACUGAAAGCAGGAGAGGACCGGGCCAUUCUCCUGGGACUGGCCAUGAUGGUGUGCUCCAUCAUGAUGUACUUUCUGCUGGGAAUCACACUCCUGCGCUCAUACAUGCAGAGUGUGUGGACCGAGGAGGCUCAGUGCACCUUGCUGAAUGCAUCCAUCACGGAAACAUUUAACUGCUCCUUCAGCUGUGGUCCGGACUGCUGGAAACUCUCUCAGUACCCCUGUCUCCAGGUGUACGUUAACCUGACUUCUUCUGGAGAGAAGCUCCUUCUCUACCACACGGAAGAGACAAUGAAAAUCAAUCAUGAGUGCUCCUAUAUACCUAAGUGUGGAAAAAAUUUUGAAGAAUCCAUGUCCCUGGUGAAUGUUGUCAUGGAAAACUUCAGGAAGUACCAACACUUCUCCUGUUAUUCUGACCCGGAAGGAAACCAGAAGAGUGUCAUCCUAACCAAACUCUACAGUUCCAACGUGCUGUUCCAUUCACUCUUUUGGCCAACGUGUAUGAUGGCUGGGGGCGUGGCUAUCGUUGCCAUGGUGAAACUCACACAGUACCUCUCCCUGCUCUGUGAGAGGAUUCAACAGAUCAAUAGAUAAAAGCAAAGUGGAUGAGAUCAUUUUCUUUAAAGCUCAAAUACUGUUUUCUUUCAUUCUUCACCAAAGAACCUUAAGUUUGUAAUGUGCAGUCUAUUAUGAGUUCCUUAAUAUAUUCUUAUACGUAGAGCAAUAAUGCAAAAGCUGUUCUAUAUGCAAACAUGAUGUCUUUAUUAUUCAGGAGAAGAAAUAACUGUUUUCUGUUGGUUGGGUUUUUUUCAUAAUCUUGGUUCAAAGCUGGAACUAGUACUUCCUUCUCUCCUUCCACCAAAAUCAGGCUCAGUUAUUCAUUUGCCAAGCUUCGUGGAGGUAUAUAGACAAUAUCAGUGUGAUAGGUCUG